AUGCCGGAUUUCGAGCAUUUCAGAUUUUCCCACAGAAGAAUGAAUCCUUUGCUCGGGGAGAGCGUUUAUUCGCUCCAGCAUCAGCAGCCGAGUCCGUUAUCGGGUCUAGAGUCAUCGACUCCAGGCAUGAUGCCCGAGUCAUUUUACAGCGCUCAUGACUCCAAUAUCUUCCUGGGCGAGCACCCUGGGAUGGCACCGGACAGUCUGCCGACCACAGGGCUCGCGUACUUGCAUCUCAACAACAGUCUCCACCGCGCGCCACCACCUGCACCUGCCGCCAUGGCUUUGCGUAACGACCUGGGGUCUAACAUCAGCGUCUUGAAGACCCUUAACUUGCGCUUCCGCUGCUUUUUGGCUAAAGUUCAUGAGCUGGAGCGUCGAAACAAGGCUUUGGAGAAACAGCUCCAACAAGCCCUUGACUCGCAGAACGAUGGUCUGGGAAGAAGGCCCUUGACCAGGGAUGUCGGCAUUCAGACCGGGUUUGUUGGGCCUAUUAUGAGGCCAGACUUCAUCCCUCUUCAUAAUACAAUCAACACCCCCUACUUGUCAGGGAGCUUGCUGUCCCCUUCGCUGAACACAGCAGAUGUUUUGGAACCAAACCUCAAACCGAGCUUGGUGGUGUCAAAUCCCCCCAUCACAGCUACAGACUUAAACUUCAACACCAGCAACACCACCGCCACCACUACCACCACCAAUAUCACAAUCAGCCCACCUACUCCAACUGAUCUAGGACCACCCAGGACCAUCACCAACACCAAUGAGAGGUUCAUGAGCACUGGAACCAGCACAACAUGCCACAACCCUCCACCACGGUUCCUACCUGGAACCAUCUGGUCCUACAAUCACGCCCGCAGGCUGUGCCCAGUGACUGGCAAAGAGACUCGAAUGGUGGGGCCUGGGAUGUCCUGGGGGGCCCAUCCUGACGGCGUCGGGGUGCAGGUCGACACAAUCUCACCAGAGAUCCGUGCACUCUACAACGUGCUGGGCAAAGUCAAGCGGGAGAGAGAUGAGUAUAAACACAGGUGGGAGGAAGAGUACUCUGCGAGAGUGGAUCUCCAGGAAAAGGUUGCCGACCUGGAGGAGGACCUGCAGGAGAGCGAGGUGUGUCAAGAUGAACUGGCCCUGAGAGUCAAACAGCUGAAGGCUGAGCUGGUGCUCUUCAAAGGCCUGAUGAGUAACGACCUGUCUGACUUGGACAGUAAGAUCCAGGAGAAGGCCAUGAAGGUGGACAUGGACAUCUGCCGCCGCAUCGACAUCACAGCGCGCCUGUGUGACGUGGCCCAGCAGAGGAACUGCGAGGACAUGAUCCAGAUCUUCCAGCAGGCGGCCACUCCUCCCUCCACCCUCCGCCGGCCCAGGAAGCAGACGCCGGUCCGAGGCAACGAGGGCGACGAGCCAAUCAGCCUCUCCGAGAGCGAGGAGGGCGGGAACAAGGAAGUGGAAUCCUGCAGUUCAGCCAAUCAGAUCAAUGAGGAGAUGCAGAGGAUGCUCAAUCAGCUGAGGGAGUGUGAGUUUGAGGAUGACUGCGACAGCCUGGCCUGGGAGGAGACGGAGGAGACCCUGCUCCUGUGGGAAGACUUCCCAGGAUGCACUCUGGCCAUGGACCCCCAGGGAGAACAAGAGGAGUCCAUUGAGAAGGUGAUCACGGAUACAGAGUGCCUCUUCAAAUCCCGUGAGAAGGAGUACCAGGACACCAUCGGCCAGAUUGAGUUGGAGUUGGCCACUGCUAAGUCAGACAUGAAUCGUCACCUGCAUGAGUACAUGGAGAUGUGCAGCAUGAAGCGCGGCCUGGACGUGCAGAUGGAGACCUGCCGCAGGCUCAUCUCCCAGAGUGGAGACAGGAAGUCGCCACUGCUGAUAUCAGUAGCAGUGGAAGAGGUGGACGAAGGUGACAAGGACAAACAGAAGCCCGCGCUUCCGGCAGAUUGCAGCAGCGACGAGCAGGUGGUCAAAGCUGUGUCUGACGAUACCUCUAAGGAGCCCUAACUAACCUUCCUCCUCUUACAUUAACCUCAUAUCAACCCCCAAAACCUCCACGCGUGUUUACAAUGACGACCAAAGAUCAGAGGUGUCCAUCGCGGGUUCAGAAAGUUUAAAGUCUAAAGAGCUAAUUGUUUUGACGCACAGGACCUGAAUAAAGAAUCUUCACAUGCAUUUAGGAAAUGAAAACUCUGCCAUGUCUUCCUGCUAACACAGUGGACUUCAUUGGAGCUGUUUUCAGGCCAACCAGGGGUGCAUUUCUCGAAAGUGUAGUUGCAACUUGGGUAGUUGUCAAUGGGAAAUUACAUUGCAAACAACAAAGUAGCUAAUGUAUUUAGCAACUAUUAGCACCACAGAGUUGUUCUGGUGCCAGUUCCCGCACCAAUUGUUCUAGGAACUAAAUUGCU